CUGAGAGGAGGGAAGGGGAUCUUUGGAAGAGCGUAUGACGGAGAGCAGCAGAUAAGACCUCGAUCUCCUUCAUACGGCCUUGAUUCUCUCUCAUCAUCGCAUCUCAGCCAGCCUGCCAGUCAGUCAGUCAAUGGAUCCCUCCCGCUACCCUUCCAGACGGCCGCCUUGCCUGCCGUCGCUAUCACUGGUGCUGCUGGGCCUGCUGGCGUCCCUCCUGCACCUCCCACACCCGUGUUGGGGCUUGCGUGAGGCGGCGGCAUUCCUGCCAUCAGCUGUAUGGCCUUCACUGAGCCACCAAGGGGCGCAUAGAAGGUAAGGCCCACGCCAGAUCCAUCAAUCACCACCCAUGACAUUGGCUGAUGUCAUUCAGGCUUGCUGUUCGUCGGCCGGGAGUGAUGGCUGCCACUGCAGCUGAGACCGCCAGCACUGCCACAGAGACAGCUGACCCGGACUUCUUCAUGGCAUCAGGUGCGUUCGUGCAUGUGGGCUGCCCUCCGUCUCUCUCUCUCUCUCUCUCUCUCUCUCUCCGCCUGUGUGGCUUCACUCAUGUGUCUGUCUGUCUUGUGGGUAUGGUGUGUGUGUGUGGAUGUGAUGUGCAAUGAAUAUGUGUAGAUCUGCCGGAGAGUCUGGACGACGGCGUGGCGAUUGCCGUCAACUCGACGCUGAUGAUGCUCAACGAGGCGGGCGACACCAACCGGAUACGCAUCGAAUUCGACCCCACGGCAGGUAAGGAAGGGCGGUUGUGUGUGUACCACACACCCAUCGCAUCCAUCCUUUCGUCCACUCACUCGUGUGUGGGUGUCGCCCGCCAUCGUGUGUGUGCAGAUGCGAUGAAGGAGUUCCACUCCCUCAAGCAGUCACAAGAGUUCGUCCUCAACUGUGAGUGUGUAACAACGAGAUUCAUGACAUUGACGAUGGAUGCGCAUCGGCUCUCUCUCUCUCUCUCUCUGUGUGUGUGUGUGUGUGUGUAUACGUCAGAUCUACGUCGGAUCGCCCUGCAUUUGCUGCCCGAGAAGGAGGGCGAGAAGGAGGGCACGGUCGGCGACAGGAACAUGCUCAUUCAUGUUCUUCUACACCAGGUGUGUGUGUGUAUUGUGUGUGUGUGUGUGCAGGUGCGUGUGUUCCUUCCCGACCAUGGCUGGGCCGCCCUCAUGAGAAGAGAUUGGCGGGUCAGUCAGUCAGCAGCACAAACAGGCAUUAUGAUGAUUGCUAUGUGCCCCGUACGGUGCCUUCCUUGUGUGUGGUGUGUGGUGUCAAUCUGACAGAUUGACACCCCCGAGUCACUGAUGCCGUCGUGUGUCAAAAUCGCUGCUCUCACGGGGUGAGCGAACUCCCGUGAUGCCCUCCCUCCCUCAUGGAUGCGCCGAUGUGUGUGUGUGGUGUGCAGUGACAAGCCGGACUACAGCACCGACCGUGCGAUAGUGCUGCUGAGCCCUGAGCUCACUGACCCCAUGCAACAGCUGUGGGAAGAGGUCAGUGAGCUGCCCUCACGCACACACAACCACACACGCACACACACACAUCACUGACAACAGAUGCAUGGGACGAAUGGGCCGGGCCAUGUUGGUAUGUGUGUGGUCGUUCGUUCGUUCAGCUCAAGGAGCACCCCGACUUGCCCGUCAUCCUCGUCAACCCGGGAUAUGACAACAGGUAGGUGUGUACUUACCUGAUCGACCUGACUGACGGUGUGGGUGCACCAACAAUCCACUGAUCCAACGAAUGGGACGAAUCUGACGGAAUCUUACGGCGUGCCUGUGGUGUUUCUGUCAAUAUGAAUGACAUACAUCAGGCCUGCACUGCACUACCAGGCCCUCGCGCGCAACCUCAGAGAUGAACUCACAACGGUCUGGGGAGGGACGGACGGAGGGGCGCACACACAGAGAGAGAGAGAGAGGGGCACAUAUAUGUAGUGAGGUGUGUGUGUGUGUGUGCGGUGGUGCGACACAGGAGACUGAGACGGUGUGGUAUCUGCGUGUAUACUCGUGGGGCUGUGUGGCGCGAUUCUGGCCUCUCAGAUACAGCGUCUGGCUGCAGGUAGGCAGGGGACCUACCUACCUGGGUGUGCAGGAAGUUGUUGUGUGACACGAUCGCAAGCAUCCUCCUUCCCUCCCUACCCCUGUGUGUGUGUGUGUGUUUAGGAUCCCCGAUACCAAUCACAGGGGGGAUACAGACUCGUGCAGGUGAGGGAGCCCAUACACUACACCCCCACAGACAGACAGACAGACAGACGCACGCGCCAUCCAACGUGUGUGGUGUUUUCCUGCCUGGUUACCAUGCCAUAAUUACUGUGUGUGUGUGCAGACGUAUGCCAGUCGUCCUACGCGCAACAUGGUCUUGAAGGCGGUCGACAACGCCAUCAACGAAAUGACUCCACAGAAGGAGGAAGGGUCAGAUCUACACGCAGCCAACACAAUACAGCUGCUUUGGUUGCUUGGUGGAUCUCUCUCUCUCUCUCUGUGUGUGUGUGUGUUUGUGUUUGUUCAGUGCCAAUCCGCUCAAGGCCAUGGCGAGUGGUGUGUCCAACAUCCUCAGCACCAUGGGCAAAAUCACUGGUACGCUCGAACGAGCGAAUGAAUGAAUGAAUGAGUGGUCGCACGUCGGUCGCCAUGCAUGGUGUGCUUAAUGUGUGUUUCCUGUGCUGUGGGGUGUGUGUGCAGAGGUCUAG